GUGCGCAAAGACUAGUGAUAUUAUGACUUUCAUUCAAUCAUGGCUACUCUUGAGGACGAACAAAGCAUCGUUGAUUCAGCCACAGAAUCUCGGCGUUCUUCAGGAUCGCAGCUAAGUCCGACUGAAAUUACGAGGUCUGUCAAUCUGCAGAGAAAUGCACAACGGAAAUCUCAAGUCAGAAGUUUUCCAAGAACAAAGAAGUUGGAAAAAUUAGGCGUUUACUCUUCCUGCAAGGCAGAUGAAGCGUGCAAGUGCAAUGGCUGGAAGAACCCUAACCCCCCUCCUACCCCGACACAGCCUGCUAGACUGGAUGUAACCACACCAUUGGCUAGCCGUUCAGACCCAUGCAAGAGCUGUGGUCAUCAACUCGCUGCGCACGUAUCCCAUCUGGAGGACGUUGCCGAGGAGGAGAUCGACAGACUCCUGGGCAUCGUAGUCGACGUCGAACACCUCUUCAUGUCCGUUCACAAGGAAGAGGAUGCAGACACAAAGCAGGUCUACUUCCAUCUAUUCAAGCUCCUGAGGAAGUGCAUCCUGCAGAUGAGUUCACCGUCCGUAGAAGGUCCUUUGGGUCGCCCUCCGUUUGAGAAACCAAGUAUUGCUAAGGGGGUGUCCAACUUUGUCCACUUCAAGUUUGGUCACCUGGUCCACAAGGAUUGGAUGACGAUGUACGACCUUGCCAAGAUGUUUCUUCACUGUAUGAACCAUUGGAAGUUAGAGACGCCCACAGCCAGGAAGCAAAGAGCGCAGGUGGAUGAAGCAGGUGCAUACAAGGUCACCUACACAAGAUGGCUGUGCUACUGCCAUGUGCCAUCUUUCUGCGACAGUCUACAGCAUCAUGAACCAACGGAUAUCUUCGGUCGGACUCUCUUGAAGACGGUGUUCCCUGCGAUGAAGCGGCAGGUCUUAGACAUGCUACGAUCAGAGAAAGACAACAUGCCUGCUGAGAAACGCAAUCUGGUGCUGACUCACUUUCCAAGAUUCCUAGCAAUGCUAGAGGAGGAAGCAUUCAACAGUAGUUCACCUAUCUGGGACCCUGAGUUUACCCCAGUCCAGGAAGCAGUACCAAUGGCCUCACCGGACGAGAACACCGAGCUGGAGGAUCCAUUGGACCCCUCUGCCCAAGCGCUUGGUCGGAUCACCGUGACGACCACGACAGGAGUGCCCUCUUUGGCAGAUGGGCAUACGACCUUUAACCUCAGUCCAGGGUUGGUGAACGUGAGAAGAGCUGCAAGAUUAAGUGCUCUCGCUGCCACUCAAGCCACUGAUAAACGUAAAAUUGAUGAAUUACCGACUGAGGAAGAAAUCAAGAGACAGCGACUAGAAGAGGAUAUUCCAGAUAAUAUUCUAGGUGAGGUGCUAUCAACCGUUACAGACCCUGCUGCCAUGGUAGGCCCAGAGGGUAAUCUGUUUGCUGCUCACUCUGCUCGUGAUGAGGCUGCAAGGAACGAGGAGAGGAGAGGGGUGAUAGAGUUCCAUGUCAUCGGUAAUUCAGUCACACGGAAACCGUCAAGACAGACUCUUAUAUGGUUGGUGGGCCUACAGAACGUCUUCUCACACCAGCUUCCGAGAAUGCCCAAGGAAUACAUCACCAGACUGGUAUUUGAUACAAAGCACAAGACUCUGGCGUUAGUGAAGGAGAACAGAGUAAUAGGCGGAGUCUGUUUCAGAAUGUUUCCAACCCAAGGAUUCACAGAGAUCGUCUUCUGUGCAGUCACUUCUAAUGAGCAAGUCAAGGGUUAUGGCACCCAUCUAAUGAACCAUCUCAAGGAUUACCAUGUAAAGCAUGGGGUUCUUCAUUUCCUGACAUUCGCUGAUGAGUUUGCAAUUGGAUACUUCAAGAAACAGGGUUUCUCAAAAGACAUCAAGAUGCCCAAGUCCAGUUACGCUGGUUACAUCAAGGACUAUGAGGGCGCUACACUCAUGGGCUGUCAGCUCAACCCGCGUAUACCACACACUGAGUUCUCGCUCAUCAUACACAGACAGAAAAAGAUUGUGAAAAAGCUGAUAGAGAUGAAGCAGCACGAGGAGAGAAGUGUCUAUCCUGGCCUAACAUGCUUCAAAGAGGGUGUGAGACAGAUACCCAUGGAGAGCAUUCCUGGUCUAGUGGAUGCUGGAUGGAGGCCGGUCAGAGAGAAACCAAAGGUCACUCCACUCAACGAGGAACAGGUCCAGUCUGCAUUCAAGACUGUCCUGACCGCUGUAAAGAAUCACAACAGUGCAUGGCCUUUCUUGAAACCAGUAGAAAAGAACGAAGCACCAGACUACUACGAGCACAUCAAGUAUCCCAUGGAUUUGAAGACAAUGACCGAGCGCUUCAAAGGAAAGUAUUACAGCUCUCGGAAGCUCUUCAUCGCCGACAUGCAACGGGUCUUCAGCAACUGCAGAGCAUACAAUGCAGCAGACACAGAAUAUGUUCGCUGUGCAAACACCCUGGAACGCUUCUUCCUUAACAAGAUCAAAGAACUGGGCAUCGUAGACAAAUGAACGCUUCUUCCUAAACUCUUAUCAUGCCACAGGGCUAAUCCCCAUUGUGGCAAGCCCCAAAUCCCCCCGUGCCAAGUUUAUUUUGAGGUAAUCUGAUUAACGUGAUGGUUCUAUGAAUAGCGCAUGCGAAACACACAGCACAGUACAAUGAUCAUGAACAAUAACUGCUAUUACGAAUGCGUGCAAGCAUGCAUGAAGCACCGAAGCAAUGGCUCGCUGGCAUGUACAAAGCACUAUAACGGUAGUGUGCAUACAGUCUUAUGGCAGGCUAUGAGUUAACAAGAUCAAAGAACUGGGGAUCAUAGACAAAUGAAAACCUUGUAAUGUGGGAUUAACAGACCCUCUGUAUUUUGCAUUCUUCAAGGGAUUUUAAGAUCUAGAAAAUAAGUAAAUUAGAGGUGAUAUGAAUUCUGUUUGAAUUUUCAGUUGCAUGUCAGAGAGAUAGUGAAGUCUAAAAAAAGCCCUACUAUAUUUUGCUGUUUUCAGAAUGCUUGCAGAUAUGGACAAGUCUUGAUUUUCUUGGACAGAGAAGAUGCAAAAGUUAGAUGAGGAUUUUUCAGUUUCAUGACAGAGAGACAGUGAAGUCUGACAAAAGCAUUGAAAAAAUGACAGAUUUAUGUUCAACGGAUCUUUGAUUCUGUUCUGUAGCUCUUGUUCAAAAUAUGGAAGAACUCUGGUACUUCUCCUAAAGAAAGUAUUUGAAUACUUUAGACGGAGCCAUGUGGGUUGCAUGUUGUUUCAUGGACCUUGUAUAAAGCUGAGUCCAGGAAUCUUGAUUUGAACUCUGAACUUGAGGAAAAGUACAGGAGGUCCGAUGGCUCAGUGGUAGACCAGUGGUCUCGUAACCAGGAGGUCCCGGGUUCAAAGCCAAGUCAAUGAGCUUAUGCCCUUUAGUAAGGCUUCAAUCCUCAUUACCAAGUCCUUCUGUGAGGACUUAG